UGCACCGUGGAGCAAAACGUGCAUGCAUCCCGUGUGGUGUGUCAGUGACAAACAAACCCACCCAGAGAGAAAAACACCCGGCUGUUUUCAAUCAAGCGUUGCAUUUAAACAGAGAAGUGGAGGGAUCCAUAAAGGGAAAGUUAAAUCAAUGCAUGCGUGCAGAUAUUUGGAGGUUUUCGAGGAAUUAAAAGUGGAGUGAUGGAGCUGCUGCUGCUGGACUGGGCUGGGCUGUGACUGCCUGCAUUGUUGCAUGCUUCCUGGGAUGGAAUAAUUGUGCUCCUCAUUCAUCAAAAGAAAAAAUCUCUCUUCUAUUCACUCUCAAUGGUGCUUGAAGGCAGAGAGAUGGACGGCAUCGGGUUCACCAUGCAGAAGAAGGCUGCAGAGCUGGAGCGGCUGGCCGAGGUGCUCGUCACGGGAGAACAGCUGAGGCUGCGGCUCCACGAGGCGAAGGUGAUCAAGGAUCGGAGGCACCACCUGCGAACUUACCCAAACUGCUUUGUGGCCAAGGAGCUCAUUGAUUGGCUGAUGGAACACAAGGAGGCCUCGGACCGAGACACGGCCAUCAAGAUCGUGCAGAAACUUUUAGACCAGAGCAUCAUUCACCACGUGUGUGACGAGCACCGGGAGUUCAAAGACCUGAAGCUUUUUUACCGCUUCCGGAAGGACGAUGGCACCUUCCCGUUGGACAGUGAAGCCAAAGUCUUCAUGAGGGGGCAGAGGAUCUAUGAGAAGUUGAUGAACACAGAAAACACUCUGUUACAAAGCAGGGAGGAGGAAGGCGGGUCAUUCGAGCGGGCGCUGGUGUCCUCUGAGUUCGUCGACUGGCUGCUACUGGAGGGGGAGAUGGCGACCAGGGAGGAGGCAGAGAAGCUGGGACGGAGGCUUCUCGAACACGGCAUCAUCCAGCACGUCACCAACAAGCACCACUUUGUCGACGGGCCCCUCCUCUACCAGUUCAGGAUGAAUUUCCGUAGACGGCGGCGGUUGAUCGAACUUCUUCACGAGCGCAGCCGCAGCAUCCCCGAGAGUCACGACAGCCCCUUCUGUCUGCGCAAACAGAACUCAGAUGGAGGCAACACCAGCUUCCUCUCAGUGAGUCCCACUAAAGAGAUUAAGGUGGUGGUGGGAGUUCGGCGGAGCAGCAUGAGCAGCAGCUGUGGCAGCAGCGGUUAUUAUAGCAGCAGUCCAACACUCAGCUGCAGUCCACCGGUUCUGUGCAACCCCAAGUCUGUUCUGAAAAGACAAGUGAGUCCAGAGGAGCUGCAGACACCAGGAGGACCUUUUCUAAAGAAGACAUUCACUAUCGUAGGUGACGCUGUGGGCUGGGGCUUUGUGGUGCGAGGCAGCAAACCCUGUCACAUCCAAGCUGUGGACCCUGGUGGACCUGCAGCUGCUGCUGGCAUGAAGGACAGUGCCGCCCCCGCACUACUGUACACACACACACACGCACCUCUACACACAACAAACGGCAAUAUCUGUCUGAGAAUAACUAAUUAUAAUUAAUGUUGAAUAUGAAUUGUGGGAUUAUUCCUUAUUUCAUGGGCUAUAACAAACUUCUAUAUAUAAUAAAACCCGAAACGAAGCAUUCGAAUACUAAUUUGGAGGUUGAUUACCAUGGCAACGGUCGAAGCUUCGAAGCAUUCAGGUCAGCCCUACUACUGAGGCUGCAGUACUGUUGGAGAAAUGUGUACGCCUUCGUCUUCUGUGAUUUUAUUACUCUCUUCAUGGCUGUGCACCCACAAUGCAACAUGAGGUAACCCUAGAUGUUUAAGUCUUAGAGAUUAAACUCAAAACUCAAUGUUUGCCUUUUAUAUGAGAGAGAGAGCAUCUUCUGUGCUUAGUCGCUAAGUUAUUUGCAGUAUUUUUUUAAAUUGUUUCAUUAUUCAGAGUGGGUUGUUAAGUGUGCACUUGAAUACAAGCUGUUAUAUUUAAGUGCAGACUGUGAGAGACGUGUUAGACCGGAAUGACAGGGUGGAAUAGGGAAGGAAUAAAAAGAGGAGUAUCCUGUAAUGAGGAGGAGGAUGGUCGGGACAGGAGCAGAAAGGAGCUGU